AGAAUGAACCGCCCUGCUCCUGUGGAGAUCACAUACAGAAACAUGCGAUUUCUGAUCGCACACAAUCCAAACCAGGCCUCCUUAAACAAGUUCCUACAGGAACUUAAGAGGAAUGGAGUUACCACCAUUGUGAGAGUUUGUGAGGCAACUUACAACACUGAUUUUUUGGAGCAGGAGGGCAUCCAGGUUUUUGACUGGCCUUUUGCUGAUGGUACAGCACCAUCAAAUCAGAUCGUUGAUCAAUGGUUAGAUCUUGUCAAAAGGAAAUUUCGUGAAAGUCCUGGAUGUUGUAUUGCAGUCCACUGCACUGCAGGGCUCGGUAGAGCUCCAGUGAUGGUCGCCCUAGCCUUGAUUGAAGGUGGAAUGAAGUAUGAAGAAGCGGUGCAGUUCAUAAGACAAAAGCGUCGUGGAGCCUUUAACAGCAAGCAACUUUCCUACUUAGAGAAUUAUCAUCCUAAAAGGCGCCUGCGCUUUAGAAGCAGACGCACCUGCCUCAUUCAGUAG